CCGGAGGAGUUGCAGACGACCCGCUCUGUCCGUCGGUCCGAAACUUUUUCGAGAGAGAAAAUUAGAGAGACAUGGAAACCGUGAGACUGUAGAGAGAUAAAAAGCUUCACAGCAAGUCAGAAAAGUCCUUUGAGAGAGACAUUUUUUCUAGAGAGAGAGAGAGACGUGGAGACCAUUGGGAGGGAGACGGAGAAAUCCUUGUUCACGGAGGGGAGGCAUUUUUCUGGAGAGAGAAGAGAGGCAUUUUUCUAGAGAGGGAAAGGAGAUAUCCUUGUCUUGGGCAGGUGGAGAGCAGACAGAUCUUUAAAGCUUUUUGUGUGUGCUUCUCUGACAUUCUCUCUCUCUCUUCCCUCUCAAGGGCGCCAUAUCUGUUGGAGUUGCAGCAUCCGAUGCCGCCGCAUUGAUGCAGAGGAACCCUUCUCUCUCUAUAUGUAUCUAAAUAACUCUGGCGAUUUACAGAUCUCUCUCUCUCUCUGCUCUUUCUCACUCUUAAUUCUUGGUUCGCGAUAGAGGAUCCUCUGCUGGUUGCCUCACCUCUGAAACUCCCGUAGCCCUAUGAUCCCUAAGAGAAGAAAAAUAAUUUCAAGCAGAAGAAGUUUCUGAGGAUGGAAGAGGAGCAAAGACGGAGGCUCACUCUCUCCGAUCAACUCUCAGUUCUGCAAUCACUGCACCUUCGAGACUUCCUCAGAGCUGCUGCCCAAGAACCCAACAGCACCAACCAUGAAAUCCAAAAUACCUCUUCCAGCCUAAUGACCCAAAAUCGAAUCACUCUUGGAUCUGUUCUUCAAUUCAACAAAACCACCAAUGAAUCCUCCGAGACGAGCAAGACCCUCCUUGACAUAAUCAGAGAUGAGGAAGAGGAAUCCAACCCAUGUAGAAUAGUUGCAAACAACAAAUCAGGCUGGAAAACUUUCAAAAAUCGACUUGGUUUUCGUCGAAUCGCUUUUUGUGGAAGCACAUGGGGCAACAACUAUUCCAGCCAAAUUCCAGCCCAUUCCCAGCCUAUAGAAGACCACCAACCGCUCCAAACUUUGCUAGAAAACUCGACAGAAACUACAGAGCGAGUCUCAGAAGGUGAAGAAAACAUAGAGAGACCUUCAACAGGUGGAGAAAACACACAGAGAAUCUCAAUGGAUAGAGAAAACUCUGAGAGAAUAUCAGGAAUGAACUUAGCAGCUGCUUUGGCUGCUGAGAGGCAAUGGCGACCACCAUCUCCUAUGCCGGAAUCUGCGAGGCCUUUGCCAGAAUUGAUACCGGAAAAUGUGGCAACACCUUUGAGGAUGUCCUUGAUGGCUUUGUUAGAGGAGGGAGAAGGGGGACGGUGCAUGGUGGGGCAGAGUAUGGCUUUAGAGGAGGAAAAGGAAGAGGAAGAGGUGGGAUUGGUGGUUGGCUCAGGGUGUUGCGUAUGCAUGGUGAGGAAUAAGGGAGCGGCAUUCAUUCCUUGUGGCCAUACAUUUUGUAGGGUGUGUUCAAGGGAGGUUUGGGUGAGUAGGGGGUCAUGUCCUCUGUGUAAUGGGUUUAUUAGGGAGGUUUUAGACAUUUUCUGAUUGUCGGUGAGAGGGGCUUUCGGAGUUUUGAGGCUGGGAUCGUUUUGGGCUGGAUUUUUGUUGGUCUCUGUGUAAUUCUUGGAGGGUCCCUUAUCCGUUGUUGGUCUCUGUGGAGAUGGGAGGAGUGGAAGGAGGUGGUGGUGGUUGAGCUAGUACCAUCCAUUGACCUUUUAUUGUUUCCCAGCAAUUAGGGGAUCAGUUCUUGUGAGAUGAGGGUCCCUUAUCCACUUAAUUAAAUAUUGAUGGAUGUAUAUGGAGUAGGAGGAAUCUUGAUGGAUGUGUAUGGAGUAGGAGGAAUCUUGAUGGAUGUAUAUGGAGUAGGAGGAUUCUAUCUCUCUCUCUCAGUUGAUUUGCUCUCUCGCUUACUGUAUGUAUCUCUCUGGCAGCCUGGCAACCUGUGUUUUAUAACAUGGAACCUUUUGAACUGUUCCCGAUUAGCAAUUCUAGUUUGGGAAUGCCCAACCAUUAA